GAAAAUGGCCUACAAAUAAACACAGAUGCAUGACUGAAUAGAUAUUGAAGAAAAAGGUACAUUCGAUGAAAUAUUGAUUUAACCAAUAACUUGAGGGAGUUACAGGAAGAGUAGGGUAGUAGAGUGAAAGAUAUCUUCAUACAGCUGUAUGUUACUUAUUUUUCCGAAUAUGAUAUUUAGAUCAUUAUUUUAUUAAUUACUUGGUUUAUUUCGUUCCUUCGUUUAUAUCCAAUCUCACACUCUGGGACGCUAUUAUACCAAUGCUAAACGUAUCAAGCUCCAUCUCAAUCAGGUCCGAUCCCGAUUCAUCCCUCUGACUUCUGAUAUUCCACGCACGCCUGCAAGAAGACGAAGAAGAAGAAACUGCGUGCUCGUUCACGUUACCCUCCUCCGCGUCCACGUGAGCACCGCUGCUGCGUCAUUUGCGCGCGUCCUCGCUACAGAUAGUAGCGAAAAGCCUGAAGAUAGAUGUUCCGAUUUCAGACCCCUGAUGAAGACUGCACACUGGAGGAGGAAGAGGAAGCCCCGGUAGAGGAGGAAGAUGAUAUUGAUCAGUUCAAUGAUGACACUUUUGGCGCAGGGGCCAUUGAUGAUGAUUGGCAGGAGGAACACCAGCGCCUGGCGGGGAUGGAAGGGCGUGCCGCAGGCGGGGGCGUGGCCGGGGGAAGAGCAACGGAGAUAGGUGGAGCAGUUGACCCCCCACCUGCUUCCCACCUACCUCUCCCCUCCUCCCUUCCUCCCCUCCACCUUCCCCACGCCCCCUCAGGGUUACCCCCACCUGGUCUAGAGGACGGGCGAGGAGGAGGGGGCCUCGCAGAGUCCCUGGCUCGGUUCAUCCUGGGGGCCGACCCGGCCAUCGCCGGGCUGGGUGCGGCCCAGAGCCCCUCCCACCCCCAGCCCGGGCCCCCUGGCUCCGCCCUGGACUUCUCCCGGUUGCUGUCCCCCCCGUCGCUACGGCCCCACCUCCAUCAUCCUACCCAUCAAUUGCCCGGCGGAAACACCUCUUCCGCAGGCAUGCACCCCUCCUCCAUGAUGAGCUACCAGCAGCAGCAGCAGAUGCUGUGCCGUGGCUCCGGGCCCAUGGGCCAGAUGGCCUCUCCCAGUAUCUGGGAGAACAGUAUGGGCUUUGGUCCAGUCAGCCGCUCUCCUGGACUCAUCCCCCACAUGGAGGAUAGCCCACUCAUGUCAAUCAUUAAGGAGGUGGGUCUACCGAAGCAGCCUCAUCCACUCAGGGGAGAGGACCCACGCGACCUGUCGGAGAGGGUCCUGCCUCCUCGUUCCACCUCCCCUGUGAUUGGUUCCCCUCCCGUGAGGGCGGUGCCCAUCGGAACCCCGCCCAAGCAGCCGAUGAGCCUCAACCACCAGAUCCACCACCCGACGGCGGUCCACGUGAGAGCUCCUCUCCAGCACAGAUACCCUCCGCCGUUCCCCGACCGCCUCUCCCCCAACACCCUGCUCAACCUCGCUAACAACCCAAUGUGUCGUGGUCCGUUCCCUCCUGGCGUUGGUCCCGUUCUCUCCCAGCUGCAACGAGCUCAGAUGCUGAACUCUCAGGUGGCAGGGUUCCCUCGCGGCGUCGGGCCCCCUCCCAUGCUGCCGGGCGGCGGUGGUUUUAGGCCCUUCUUCGGGGGCCCCCCUCCCCCGCCUCACCACCGGAUGCCCCCCCCGCCGCUCCACGGGCCGCCCAUCUACCACACCACCCACCUCCACCCCCAGCACCGCCGCAUGCUCACCCAGAGGAUGCAGAGCAGACCAAUGGGAGUGGGGCUGGACCGGCGGAGCAGGGACCCCUACAGUAACCUGAUGACCCAGAGGGAGAAGGAGUGGGUCGCAAAGAUCCAGAUGAUGCAGCUGCAGAGUACCGACCCCUACCUGGAUGACUACUACUACCAGAACUACUAUGAGAAGCUGGAGAAGCGGCAGGAGAGAGAGCGGGACAGCAGCAAGAAGGAACACACCACCCGGCUGAUCACUCCACAGGUGGCCAAGGUGGAGCACACCUACCGACCAGUUCAGUUUGCGGGCUCGCUGGGGAAGCUGACCGUGUCCAGCGUCAACAACCCUCGUAAGAUGAUCGACGCCGUGGUGACCAGCCGCUCCGACGAUGAGGAGAAGAGGGAGAAGCAGGUUUGGAACAAGCGGAGGCAGAUCCUCUACACGGUGGAGAAGAUGUACAGCUCUCUGCUGGAGGUGCAGGACUUUGAGAAGCGCUUCGUCCACGCUGCCGAGGAGGAGAGGGGCGCUCUGCUGGAGCGACACAAGACCCACACGGAGACCCUCUGUACCCUGCUCACACACACAGAGCAGGCCGGCAGGGUGAGUGACGAGCAGUGUGUGACGAUCAUGUCCGUGAGGAAGGGGAAACGGCUCAUCUCCAGGCUCCUCCCCUUCCUGCCCGCGCAGCAGGCCGCCGCCGUUGUCAUGGCGAUCGCCCGCAACCUCCCGGCCCUGGCAAAGAAGGACAAACAGGACCAGGUGCUGUGCUGGUUGGUGGAGCCCGUUGCCGUGGUGAUCCAGUCCCUAUCAAGCGCCGCCCUCACAGAUCUACUACAGGAAAUCCAGGGCAGGGAGGGCAACCUGGCCUCCGUUCUGCAAAACAAGCUGGGUGUGACGCUGCUGUACCUGGUGCUGAGUGAGGGCGACAGGAUGCAGAGCUCUGACCCAAACUGCCAGCUCAUGGACGACAACCGCUGGACGGAGCUGGUGUUCUCGGUGGCCCGGGAGCUGCUAGCCGCGCCCUCCUCAACCCUGGCCCCGCCUCUCUUCACCCCACCCAACCUGCUGGGACUCUUCGCCCGCUACGUCGACCGCCAGAGUCUAGAGCAGCUGCAGGAGAAGCUACAGAUCUCCACGCUGACCAGCUAGAAGUGAUUGCAGACAUGCCCCCACCCCCCACCUAUAUGUGGCCGAGAGAGAGAGAAUGUGUAUGUAUGUGUGUGUGUGUGUGUGUGUGUGAGAGAGUUGGUUCUUUUGAUUUUUAAGCCAGCUAAAUCUCCAGGACCAUCAUGUGUAGCAUGGUGUACAGAGACAGAGAGAGACCCUGGGAAAGAUUAAAUCUUUUUUUAAUUUUGUUGUCAACGAUGCCUGUGCUGAACAUCCAAUUAAAAGUAUUUCUAUUGUACAUAUACAGUCUCCUACUUUUCUCUUCAAAUGCCAACUUGCUCCUGGUAGCGAGGGAACGAGAUGAUGUGCUGUGGACCAGAGGAGAGACUUACUGGUCCUCACUGCUGUAGUCAUCCUCACUCUUCUCCCUCUGGCGGGCUGGGAAAGAAAAACAGCAAGAUUCAUCCUGACCACGUGUUCAGACCGGAACCCCGUCAUAGUACUAUGACGGGGUAGUACUAUGUAGUUUAGUUGGAAGGUCCCAUAUCAUGCCGCCAGGUGUGAGUGUGAUUAGCCGCUACAAGCCGUUUUGGAAAUCGGCCUCUUCUGACAUCACAAGUGGGUGUGUCCACCUAAAUCAU